AUGUCAGACCAUGACGACAUCUUCGAGAACGCGCUUCUUCGACUCGACCGAGCGGCUCAGUUUGUACAGAUUGAUCCAGAAGCACUGGAGCGCCUGAAACAUCCGAAGUCGGUCGUGCAUGUCAGUAUUCCAGUUCGGAUGGACGACGGAUCACUGCGAAUCUUUGAAGGCUACCGUGUCCGACACGACGACACUCGCGGACCGACCAAGGGAGGAAUCCGCUUUCAUCCGCAGGUGCAUCUUGGUGAAGUCAAAGCACUGGCGUUUUGGAUGACCUGCAAGUGUGCGGUUGCGGGCAUUCCUUUUGGCGGUGGAAAGGGAGGCAUAAUUGUCAAUCCGAAAGAGCUUUCCCGAAUGGAACUGGAGCGACUCAGUCGCGGGUUCGUCCAGCAGCUCGCCGAUUUCAUUGGUCCUGACACAGACAUUCCGGCUCCUGAUGUCUAUACAAACUCAAUGAUUAUGGGCUGGAUGAUGGAUGAGUAUUCCACGAUCCAGCGGCAACGCACCCCGGAUGUCAUUACUGGCAAACCGAUCCCACUUGGCGGCAGUCUUGGUCGCGAUGAUGCCACCGGACGCGGCGCUUACUACUGCAUCAAAGAAUUGGAGCGGUUCAACAACUGGACUCGCGGAAACGUGCGAGUUGCCGUUCAGGGAUUCGGAAACGCUGGUCAGCACGUAGCACGCCUGCUUCAUAAGGACGGUUACCGGUGUGUGGCCAUCAGUGACUCCAAAGGCGCAAUCUAUCGCGAAGAUGGAAUAGAUAUUCCGCGGGCGAGCGAACUUAAGCAGUCUCAAACGUCCAUCUCGAACGUGUACGACGAACGAAAGAACCAGAUCACCGGCGAAAAUGCCUCGCGAAUCACGGCUCCCUACAUCGUCGAAGUUGCCAACGGUCCAACAACGACGGAAGCCGACAACAUCCUGAAAGAACUGGGGGCGACAGUUGUUCCCGACAUCUUGGCCAAUGCUGGCGGCGUCACAGUCAGCUACUUCGAGUGGACUCAGAAUCGAGCGGGCUACUACUGGAGCGAGAAGAAAGUGCAGGAGCGGUUGCAGCGGAUCAUGGCUCAAGAAUUCGAAGCUGUUCACGAUUUGAGCGUCGAAGCCGAAAUCGACAUGCGAACUGCUGCCUAUGCCCACGCACUCAAUCGUAUCGGCGAAGCGGUAGAAUCGCAGGGAACAAGUCGAUACUUCAACUCAGCGAUGAAGGUUUCCCAAGAAGAACACGCCCAGCAUCAUCCGGGGCAAACCGGGGAUGCAAAAGGCGGUCCCGGAAUGGGAGGCCCACCCGAAGGUGCCGGUCCGCAAAAUGGCAUGGGCGGCGGUAUGGGCGGAAUGAUGGAUGGCAUGAUGGAGAAAAUGGGUGCGCCCAAGCCCAAGGACCUCUACCCGUCCUUGAUGGAGCUGCCUGACCUGCCGAUAGAGCGUCGGGGCGAACUUGAGCAGGAAGCUCAUGGCCGAAUGAUCGCCGGAACUCGCUUGUUGGGCGAAGGCUUUGAGGAGUUAUCUCGUUCUGCUGCCGGCGAUGACUUUGCGGCGAUGCAGUCUGCCACGGCCAAGAUUCGCGAAGGCUUGAGCGACUUUGAAAGCGGGCUGGCCGCACAUCGUGCCUUGCGAGAAGGGAAGGCACCGCGAGACGUCGCUUUGCAGUGGUUCAAACGCGAACUGAACAUCGACGACUCGGUCAAUGUAGCCCGAUCUCAGGCACUACUCUGGGGAAUGUCGCCGUUUCAUGCCAGCGUGAUGGUUGUCUUAAUCGCGUUUGCGGUCGCCAUGAUCUGGAUGUACUUCUUCAAGAUGCGACGCGCGGCGUCACUGCUGGAAAAGCUGUCCACUCCAAACGCCAUCGCCGAAGGUGUCGGAGUCCAAAUCGCAAAGAUCACGCAGGAAACCGCAGACGUGAAAACCAUUCGCCUUGUGGCCUGCCACGGCGGUCGAAUUCCGUUUAACUACCUACCCGGCCAGUUUCUGACUUUUACGCUGCCGGUUGGCGAAAAACCGAUACGACGCAGCUACACAAUUUCGUCGGCUCCAACCCAAGCAUACUACUGUGAAGUCACCGUCAAACGAGAAGAUAAGGGUGCGGGGUCACGGUACCUCUGCGAUGAACUUAAAGUCGGUGACACACUGGAAGUUAAAGCCCCCAGCGGGCGGUUUACGUUCACAGGCGAGGAGUCGGACAGGGUGGUGCUGAUCGCUGGUGGAGUUGGAAUUACGCCGAUGAUGAGUGUCACGCGAGCGCUAACAGAUAUGUGCUGGCCCGGUGAGAUUCACUUCAUCGUCGCCUGCCGCGAUCCAAAGCACUUUAUCUUCGAGUCAGAAAUCAAACGGCUUGAAGAACGAUACGACAACCUGCACGUUCACGUUGCCAUGAGUCGCAUUGAUCAGGAAAUCAACGGCUAUCGCAAGGGAAGACUUACUAAGGAAUUGCUGGCCGAGUGGGUGCCGGAUAUAGCAUCACAUCGAGUUCACAUCUGUGGCGCUCCAGCGAUGAUGGACGCCACCAAAGCCAUGCUGUCCAAACUCGGUGUUCCGGUUGAGAACAUCCAUACAGAGAACUUCGGUUCCACGCAAAAGCCCAAGGCUAAAGUUGCCAAGGGUCAGGAAGCCCAUGAGCCGAAGGCGACGGGAGCCAAAAUCACGUUCGCGAAGUCUGAUAAGUCCACUGAACUUUUGGCCGAUGAAACGCUUCUCGAAGCGGCUGAGCGAGUCGGAGUAGGCAUCGACUAUUCCUGCCGUGUCGGGACGUGCGGCAUUUGCCUCGCGAAGUUGCUCUCCGGCGAUGUGACGAUGGAAGUCGAUGACGGCUUGGAGCCGGAAGACCGCAAAGCUGGGAGUUUCUGGGGAGGAGUCUUCGGAGUAACCGGAGCGGCCCUGAUGCUCGUUCCGUUGGCCUACCUAAUCGUCAAGCGAAACAAGAAACUCAAGCAGACCGUCACCAAACACGUUUCGAUGCGAACGCUGUUGGCUUGGCACAUUUACGCGGGAGUGCUUGGUCCGAUUUUGGUCAUCAUUCACAGCGGACAUAAAUACGAAAGCGUCGUAGGUAUUGCGCUGACGGCAAUGACCCUGCUGGUCGUCGUGAGUGGGUUCAUCGGACGCUACCUGAUGUCUGGUUUCGCCAAGGAAAUUCGCGAGAGGAAGGCGAUGUUGACGGAAUUGCAAACAGCCUAUGAUGAAGCCAGUGUUGCUGUCGGGUCCAAUCCGGAGGCGGCAAAUACCCUGCGGCCGUUCUCUGGAUUCUUUAGCCGCUUGAUGGCUGGCUUCUUCUUGUCGGAACCGACUACGGAGCCGUCGGUUGCCAAAGCCAAUUCGAUCACGCUGGUCCGUCUGGCUGAGUCCAUAGCAGACGUGGAAUAUGCGAUUCGGACUCACGAAGAUUUCAAAACGUGGUUCGGCAAGUGGCUGAAGUUUCACAUUGCCAUUUCGUUCAUCCUGUACGGGUUGAUGUUUAUCCAUGUCAAUUACGCCGUCUACUUCGGCUUGCGUUGGUUCGAGUAG